AGCAAGCCAGCAGUUUGUGUUUGUAAGCGGACGGCAGCAAAAGCAUCUUUCUCAUUUCUUCGUCUAGUGAAAAACUGAUUUGUAUUUUCUAAUCGAAAAGUGAUUUGAAUAAAACAAUAAAACAGCAACAUCAUGGCGAAAAUGGCAUUUCAGCAUCAGGCCGGCACGGCAAUGGAAUGUUUAAGCAUUCCUAUUACGCUGCACAAGGAGCAGGAUUACGAUCAGGAGGGCAGAGAGAUACUCAAGUGUGGCUUUAAAAUUGGCGGUGGCAUCGAUCAGGACUAUAAGAAAAGUCCACAGGGCUACACCGAUUACGGCAUCUAUGUGACGGAGGUGCAUGAGGGCAGUCCAGCUGCUCGUGCUGGACUUCGCAUCCACGACAAGAUACUCCAAUGCAAUGGCUAUGAUUUUACAAUGGUCACCCACAAAAAGGCUGUGAGCUACAUCAGGAAAAACCCCAUACUCAAUAUGCUUGUGGCACGCAAGGGUGUCACAUCCACAUAAUUCAUAAUUGGAAUCUGGAGCAUUCAUGCGGUAUAGAACUCAACUAUCUAUCAACUGUCUCCACACAUAGCUAAGGAUCUCUUUCGCUCUAUCGAUCUAUCUCCUACCAGCGCUUUUGGCAACUCUGCGAAUAUAUAUAUACUGAUUAUUUACUUACUAUAUAAGCAUUUACACCUAAUACUUUUUACCCUAAAGCAUUAUGCAUAUCGCGCACUCAUAAGAUAAAAGAAAACCGAAAUAUUAGAUAUGUGAAUGUAGUGUGUAGUGAAAGCUUCUUGUUAGAUUGAAUAAUUUACUUUGGAAUUGGUUCAAGUUCUAGGUUGUUAUACAAAAAAAAAUUAAAAAUACUCUUCAAAUUGCCAAACCGAACGAAAACCACAAAAAAAAAGUGAAGCAUUUCAAAGUGUAUAAAUAAGAUUUCUCAUUGUACAUUCUCAAAAAUCAAUUAAAUAUAGAAACUACAAAUCAGUGUAUUCAGCUCGCCCAACACUUUUGUAAACAAUUUUGUACUUUUAUACACUUGUCAGAUACAAACACACAGAUACAGAUGCAGAUACAUGCCCUAUAUACAAUCUACAAUCAGCAGCAUUCCAAAAACAAAACGCAAAGUUGUUGAAAACUAAAUAGUACAUAAUUGUGAUAAAAUGCCGUUAAUUGUGCAGAUGUGUUUAUUUUUUUUUAUAAAUAUGUAUAAAUACACUUUUUUAAGUAAUUUUAAAAUCAGUUUUUAAAUGUUAAAUUGCAUUGAAUAAAUGUUUGCCUCUAGAAAAGCAGAGAAUUGUUUUCAUCUAUAAUUUACAAUUGACAAUCCAGAAGUGAUUCCGCAAUUUAGUCGACAAAGUCUUGCGAUUGCCUCUUUGUUGUUUAAGGUGAAAAAAUAUAUAUAAAAUUGUUCGUGACUAUAAUUUAUAAGUCAACAAACUUGCAUUAUAAUUUAUGAGUACGAAUGUGUCCCGAAUAUUUUAUUGCAAUUGCAUAAUAAAUGAGGAAGUUCUUCGAUAAACGAUCGUUAUAUAUACCGAGUAUCUCGUAGUCGACUACAUCUGAUCAUUUGUAGGUUGUUGAUCGACUCGAUUCGACCUUGACCUUGUGACCGCAUUCCGAUUGAAGACACAACUCGAUGACGAGUGCAGCUUGUUGUUGCAUUUUAAUUACAAAGUACUUUUUGGGUUUUGACAUACACAUACAGUUAUCAAUAACAUACAUACAUAUAUAUCGACAAUACAUUAAUUAAUUUUGUAACACUUUGCACUUUCAAAUUGACACAAAAAAUCAAAGAACUGAGAAAUUUACAUAACUAGUUACAUACGCAAGCAUUUAGCUAAUUAGAAUAAUUAAAUACAUAAUAUGAUAUUGCGGAGUUUGGUAGAGGAACUUGCAGAAAGA